AACUAACAUGGUUUAGUCCACUAACUGCAUGUUGGGUAAAUUCAAAACCCACAUGCUCGUCCUCUUGCAGUGGAAUAAGUCACAUCUGAUGGGCAUUUUCUGUGCUUAUAGCAUAGUAAUGAACGUCUGACAGGCGCGACCUUUCAUAAGACAACCCACACUAUUGGCUUUCUGCCCAGAAUAUUGCUGCAACACUAUCUGUGAUUGGUUAUCUCUCUAUCAUGCAUUGCUUCACAAGGGGAAACGGCCCCCUUUUUAAUAAAUCUACGAUGGCUGGCUGCAAUAUUCCUCACUGUUGGUACUAAGAAGUGCCUUUCCUGACGUCUCUGCUGCUUGGAACCGCUUCUAGAGCAGCCUCUGCUUUUGCCUUGCUUGCUGCCAGCUAGACUGUGACGACAGCACAUCCGCCCUCCACCUCUAGCCCAGACACCCCCACUUCUACUUCUAAUCAGGAGAAAAGCUCUGAGUAUCUGCCAUUGCCCUAGGCUGCUUUAGUUUAGAAGAAAAGUUUGCUGAAAAAGUAAGAUACCUUCUGCCAGGAAAUCAAGGAGGAAAACAAAAAAUCAUUUUCUCGAUUUUGCUCUAAACUGCUGCAUCUGUCUAUGCCAAACUAAUCAAUACCGAUUGCACCACCAAACUCCAUCGCAAAUUCAGCUGUGAGGAGAUUCCCUGUCAGACAACUUGGCUGAAAGCAGCUUGGAAAUUCGGUGUCAGAGGGUCUGCCACGUUUUCAUGCUUGCAUUUUGGGCUCCAAAUUGGCACUGGGAAGGGGUUACUGAGCGCAAGGCUGGUUCCAGGCCCUCCUUUAAGCACCCAUCUACUUACAAUCCUGGUAUUUCUCUAAAAACCAAAACCUCUUUGAAUUAACAGUUUCAUGCUGUGACUUUCUAGUGGAGGUCUUUCCCUUGAUAUUGAAGUCACACUUUUCCACGUGCCGUUAAAGCAGGGAGCGGGGAAACAGCCUUCCGGACAUUUUCACCGUCAUUUCACACUCUAAGUUUUAUCAGUUCCUAUUUUGUUUUGUUUUUGUUUUGGUUAUUGAUUUUUUUUUUUUUUUUUUUUUUUGAGAGGGAUCGGGUUUGUUGGUUUCAUUGAACAUUUAACUACCUGUAAAAUAUAAACAUGGCUGUUAGUGUCACACCAAUUCGGGACACAAAAUGGCUAACACUGGAAGUAUGUAGAGAGUUUCAAAGAGGGACUUGCUCACGGCCAGACACGGAGUGUAAAUUUGCACAUCCUUCGAAAAGCUGCCAAGUUGAAAAUGGACGAGUAAUCGCCUGCUUUGAUUCACUGAAAGGUCGUUGCUCCAGGGAGAACUGCAAAUAUCUUCAUCCGCCCCCACACUUAAAAACACAGUUGGAGAUAAAUGGACGAAAUAACUUGAUUCAGCAGAAGAACAUGGCCAUGUUGGCCCAGCAGAUGCAGCUAGCCAAUGCCAUGAUGCCUGGUGCCCCAUUGCAGCCUGUGCCAAUGUUUUCAGUUGCACCAAGCUUAGCCACCAAUGCAUCAGCAGCCUUUAAUCCCUACCUGGGGCCUGUUUCCCCAAGCCUGGUUCCAGCAGAAAUCUUGCCUACUGCACCAAUGUUGGUCACGGGGAAUCCUGGAGUUCCAGUGCCAGCAGCUGCUGCAGCUGCUGCACAGAAGUUAAUGCGGACAGACAGACUCGAGGUGUGUCGAGAGUACCAACGAGGCAACUGCAACCGAGGAGAAAAUGAUUGUCGGUUUGCUCAUCCUGCUGACAGCACAAUGAUUGACACCAAUGACAACACAGUCACUGUCUGCAUGGAUUACAUCAAAGGGAGAUGCUCUCGGGAAAAGUGCAAAUACUUUCACCCUCCUGCACACCUGCAAGCCAAGAUCAAGGCUGCCCAAUACCAGGUCAACCAGGCUGCAGCAGCACAGGCUGCAGCCACUGCAGCUGCCAUGACUCAGUCGGCUGUCAAAUCACUGAAGCGACCCCUCGAGGCAACCUUUGACCUGGGAAUUCCUCAAGCUGUACUUCCCCCAUUGCCAAAGAGGCCUGCUCUUGAAAAAACCAACGGUGCCACCGCAGUCUUUAACACUGGUAUUUUCCAAUACCAACAGGCUCUAGCCAACAUGCAGUUACAGCAGCAUACAGCGUUUCUCCCACCAGGCUCAAUAUUGUGCAUGACACCCGCUACAAGUGUUGUUCCCAUGGUGCACGGUGCUACGCCAGCCACUGUGUCCGCAGCAACAACAUCUGCCACAAGUGUUCCCUUCGCUGCAACAGCCACAGCCAACCAGAUACCCAUAAUAUCUGCCGAACAUCUGACUAGCCACAAGUAUGUUACCCAGAUGUAGAGUUGUCGUCACAAAACAAUCAUACAAAGAGGAAAGGACAGUGUGCUUGGUUAGAGUAAGGACGACGUCAUUAGCCAUAUUGUAUAUACCGUCAAGCAACACACACAAAAAUCCCUCAGCCACAAGACAUCCACAUAUUGCAUGUUAACCAGAAGAAAAGACAACAUGGGAACUUGCUGCACACUGUUGCCUACACACUUUGUACAUUCAAUUGGUAUUUGUGCUGAGGUGAUAUUCCUAUCUAAAAGAACAACAUUGUCUUUCUUUUUGUAGCACAGAGUUAUGCAUUAAAAUAUGCAUACAUAAUUAGUUUCCUAUAUAUUCAUGCCAUCUUGAAAAGACAGACUAUGGUGUAACCAUGAUUCUAUUAUGUAUUGGUACGUCUGUAGACCAAGAUAUAAUUUUUUAAAAAUGAGUUUAUUUCUUUCAAGGUUUACAAGUAACAAAGGUGCACCUUGUAUUUAAAAUCGCCAUUAGAGCUGAGAGCGCGCAUGCACAGUCAUUUUUGUUUAAGAGUAAUAUUUUUACUGUAAUAGAUUGUAAGACGUGGUGAGGGAGGGAUCUGACAGAGAUGAAUGUGCCAAGCAAAACCACAACUGUGUAUAUGUUAAAGCACAUCAUGGCUUUAAGUACCAUGUUGCUAAGGAUUCUCAUGAAGUGCCAUAGACUGUACAUCAAACUAGAGUAUUAUUUCUUCAGUGUUAUUAUUUUCAGAGCCACGUUUUGUUGCUUAUUUGCUAGUACUAAUCAAUCAAAGGGCACCAUUCUUCUUUUCUUUUUCUUUUUUGUUUUUGAAACCAAAGCUGUCUCAGAAAUGGCCAAUUUAACUUUACAGUAACAAUAGACAGCACAACACACACUCAAUACAGAUAAACUUUCACAUACUGGAGAUAUAUAUAAUAGAUAUAUAAAAUUAUUUUAAUGCAUUGUAGUGUAAUAUUUAUGCAUACUCUACUAUAUAACAUGUUAUUCAAAAGGGAUAUGCCAUUUCUGAGACACAGUAACAAAAAAUGUUUGAGGAAAUUAUUUUGCUUCUAUUUAUAGCCUCUGUCAAAAGUCAAAAGACUAUAAAUGCUUUGCAGAAAUGGUUUCACGUUUGCUUAAACGCUUCAUCACAGUCACAUUCAAAAUAGUGACUCUAAACAAAGAGAACAGCACUGUCAUCAGAUGCAUGAUAAACCAAAAUAUGAAAAUGGGAAAUGUUUAAUUAACCUAGUAAUUGGGUGGGUUAAGUACAUGGGUGAAUUUUAUAUGUGAUUCUUUUGUUCAGAUUAACUGCUUAUAGCCUUAGAAAGCCUUUUAAAAAUUUUAAAAAUAGAUGUGCAUUCAGUUUUUAAGAAUGGAUUCAUCCAAAGGAAUUCCCCUUUUUUGUGGUUUGGAUGUUGCAGCUAGUAAAGGAUAUUUUUGCCCUGUUCAGCAGUUCUAAAAAUCGCUGAGUAGGGGCCAGGUCACUGGCGGUUCUAGUGUGGAAUGGGAGAAGUGAGAGUUCCGUUAUAGAACUUUCCAUACUUCCAAGUUUACUGCAAGUUUUUAUGCUUGAGAGAGAUGCUUUCUAAUAUAAGACUGAUGUGUUGAUUUUACUGAUUGUACUGUACAUCUAUUAAAGCCUUAGAUUAUUACAUUACGGGUUGGAACCCAUACCAAUGUAAUUUCAAUCGUGUUAAGAGAGUAAUGGUGACUUCACAUGUUAGUAUAGUUAGUUACAUUAUAGAAUAUUACUUAUUUUUCUUGUUAAAAUGUAGUUUUUCAUUUCCUACAUUUAUUAGAUUUUCAUUUUCUAUUAACAAUUGAAUACCAUUUCAGUUUAUAGACUAUUGUUUUAUUAGAUUUUACCAAUGAAUUUUUCAAAAUACAAAAAAAAAUUAAAGUAGUUUUUCCUUCAUAACAUACUCAGUUUUAAAUUACAUGUAGUGUCAUAUGAAUAUCCGUAUUAUUGUUAACUAAAUGAUUUAUAUUUUACUGAUUUAAUAUUACAGUGUAAGAAUGUCAGUCAUUGUUCUUGUCUAGUUUUCAUUAAAAGAACAAAGAUCUUUUAUAUGGAUAUCUUAUAAAUAUAUAAUCAUUGCUAAGUAAGAAGUUAAGUUGUUGCUAUGGCAACAAUCCUGGCAGACAAUUGAGUAAUAUUUUGAUGAUUUAUUUUGUUUGUAAUUAGUUAUUAUGAGAAGAUCUAGAUCCUAGAUAUUAGAAUAAAAUUUAUUUUCUACUGUAUCCAUUUCAAAUGUUAAAGUAUUGUUUAAUAUUUUUGAAAUCCCUGAAUAUCAGGCCUUGUUAUAAAUAAGCUGCAUAAUCAAUAAAUAGAACAAGGGACUUUUUGUUGAUAAUCCAAAUACUCAAAGUUUACGUAAUGAGAAUUUUAGCGUGUGUGCAAACUCUUGGGGGUUGAUGAUGCUGCAGUUUAGCAUGUUGGAAAGUCUAGAGAGAAAGGUUGACUUUUUGCACUUCUGUAUAUAGUCAAAAGAGAGAAACCUGUAUAAUAGCAAGAUCUUAUUUUGAAUAAAAACGUCUAUAAUUACAAGGAGUUUUGUUAAGGCUAAUGAAAUGACAGACUGAGCAAAAUUGCUUGCAAAAGUGGCACAGAGUUAGCACUCCAUACCCUUCAGACACGUUGCUUUGCUUUUUGUGGACAGCUUGUAGUUUGCCAGGAUUUUUCAGCUGGAAAGAUUUGCCAUCCUUCCAAGAUCUCAUGACUGACAAAACUCCAUUGGGCCAAAUCUGCCUGAAGAUCAUUACCAAAAAUAGCAGGUACUUCAGCCAUUAAGGUGAAAUCAUGGAUCAGAUAUUCCUUACAUUGUUUUCAAAACUACUGCAUGUUUAAAACUUCAACAAAAAGAGAGAAAGAACUAUGCUAAGGACACAUAUUAUUCAAAUCGGUUUCUGCCAAUUUCAAUGGUUUAUUGUUCACAAAACGAAAUCUUCAAAACAAGUAUUGACUUUCACAAAAUUUAAACCAUAAACAGGCAAACCAAACAGCACACCUGUAGUUGUUAUGUGAUUGUUUUUUAAUUGCUGUAGACCUUGUUCUUUCCGCAGGUGAAAAAAAGAAGUUCAAAUUUCACAAUUUUAAUUUUCAACUCAGAAGCACUCAAAAGAGCAAAAUGUGACAGUGGCCACUUGUUAAUGACUUGGUUGCCCAGCCUUUACUCCAGCUGGCUACUGAUGUUGCACUUACCAGCAACCUGACGACCACUUUCAUCUGCUGAAAGGACAAAGCGCUUGGUUUUACUAUUAUGUAAUCACAACUUACUUUCCGCUUGUAGUUGCUUAAAAUUAUGUAUUCUGUCUAGGGCUGCAAUUUGUUUUAUGCUUAUUUUAUUAUUACUGCAGUAGUUGACUUUGCUGUAUGGAAAAAUAAAGUGAAAUUGCCCUAAUAAAACUUCUCUUUCUUAAGUA